GUUGCGGCUUCACGUUCGCUUAAUUGGUCGCAUUUGCAGCUCUUGACGUUUCUCCUUGCCGCACUUCCGGUAUCUGACAGGAAACAGGAAGGAACGAGGCUGCCGAGUUUGUCACAGCUGCUGCGCUUCCCUGAGGAAGAAUGGGGAAGAGCUGCAAGGUGGUUAUUUGUGGGCAGCACGGCGUGGGCAAAACCUCCAUCCUGGAGCAACUCUUAUAUGGGAACCAUGUGGUUGGCUCAGACAUGAUUGAGACCCAAGAGGACAUUUACAUUGGAUCUGUGGAGACGGAUCGAGGCGUAAGGGAGCAAGUUCGUUUCUAUGACACCCGGGGGCUGAAGGAUGGACUGGAGCUGCCCAAACACUGCUUCUGCGGGACAGACGGAUAUGUGCUGGUGUACAGUGUGGACAACAAGGACUCUUUCAAACGGGUUGAAGCUCUGAAGAAGGAGAUAGACAGGUCCAAGGAUAAGAAAGAGGUCACCAUUGUGGUCCUGGGCAACAAGAGCGACAUGAAGGAUCAGAGACGGGUGGAUCACGAAGCUGCACAACAAUGGGCCAAGGCAGAGAAGGUGAAGCUUUGGGAAGUGUCCGUCAAUGAACGCCGCACCCUGAUUGAGCCCUUUAUUUCCCUCGCCAGCAAAAUGACUCAACCCCAGAACAAAUCUGCUUUCCCUCUCAGCAGGCGCAACAAGGGGGGCUCUCUGGACAGUUAAACUAGAAUAUAUUUUGUUUGCACCUCCGUCAUAUAGAAAUCCAUAGCACUCUGAUCACUGCUGCAGAGGUGGGGCAUUUAGCACAGGUAAUGUACAGUGAAUAUACAUGAUAUAUUGAUUAUUGUCCUACUGUUUCUCGCUAACAAAAUGUUUCUUACCUCGGGUUUCAGUGGGGGGAACCCUGAUGCCACUCCUACAUUACAGGCAACAAGUACAGUUACAUGAUGUGUGGGGCACAAGGCAUAUAUAAAUGUAUUUAAUGGGUACAACACCUCCCCUCUAGUCUUGCAUCUGCACUUGGAACUGCUUUAAGGGGCACAUUGACCCUAUAGUUACUGGGGCACAUGGGCUUGAUUAUGUCAAGUGCUGGAAGUUCCACACUGUCUCCUUAAAUGAAAAUGACACUGCAUUGUGUAUUGCAUCAUUGGGGGGGUCUUCCUUCCAUUAUAUCCAUAUCAAAGCAAAGCCAAUAGUCUGUGUCAAGUAGAAUCUCACAAUGGUUUCUGUUGGUUACUGCACCGCUUCUAAACGUUUAUUAAUAAACCACCCCCAGUGCUAGGGCGGUGGUCUUUUUAUGCUUUCAGAGGUCACUGUAUUUUUUAAUAUGUUUUAUUAUAUAUAUAAAAUGUUUUAUUAUGUUAAAGGAUCAAGUUAGAAUUUUAAGGGAAACUGUUUUUAUGUGUAAAACUCGGGUGCAUUCCUUAAUUUUAGCCAAAACAACAUUACAAUAUUAAAAACCUAAAUGUAACGUUGCAGAUGAUAGGAAAUCUAAUGUGAUAUCGAUUCAUAUUGCUAUUGUCCUUUUGGUAUUCCUCCCACUGCUCAUUCUGACUACGUACACUGUUGCAGUAGUCGUUUCCCACAGUGCUUUGCAUGUUGUGUGACUAUGUGAUUACACACUUAUAUAUAUAUAUUAUAUGUGUGAAUGUUACAAGUGGUUACAUUAAGCUCCUCUUGGUUCCACUUCUAAUUCUUCAUCUUAUGUGACAAGGAAAUAUCUAUGUUCUCUAUUCUCUGUGUUUGGCUCGUGUAACCAAAAAUAAAACCUUUCUUUCUUC